GCAUCAAUAAAAUAACAAGAAAUAGUUAACAAGAAAUAUAAAAUUCUUAAUUUCAGACUGACGUGGUUUGGCUCUUACCAUUCAAACUCCUUUUUAAUGAGAAUUGGGGAUUCUGAGCAGUGGAUGUUUAAGGGGAGACAGCAGGUCAACAAUAAAUCUUACAUAAACGUGAUGGACAUCAUCUGAAAGCUGUGAACCUGAAGAUUAUUUUGAGAUACAGCUCAAAACUGUGUCAAGUUUCUCUGGUCAAAAAUCUGUAAUAAACAUGACAUUAAAAGCAUUAAUCAGUCAUAUGUUGCUCAUUCAUUAAUUGCAGUAUGACUAUGGUGGCUGGAUGCCCAACGCUCCCACCUCUCUGCAACAUCCUCCACCAACCACAAAGGGAACAACAAGCGAGGCCAAGAUGCUGCAGACAUUACCUAACAAGAGCACAACAGCUUACGGAUUGUCCGUCUUUUGGCUUCUCAGCAAGCAGUCCUCGGACUUUGUCCGUCUCGGCCAGUACCCACAGGACCAUUUCAGUGAGGAGGUUCCCCUCAAACUGAUCGAGGUUUUUGAAGCAGAGCUUGAAGUGUUAAGUACAAACAUCAAAGCCAGAAAUAAAAGUCUGGAGAUCCCAUACACAUACUUGGAUCCAGCAGAUGUAGAAAAUAGUGUGGCCAUUUGAACAUUAGAAGGUGUGACCUCCUCAGCUCUCGGCCAUAAUCUAAAAUUGAGAAGGAAUACUGGAUGAUUUUAGCUGAUAUCGUAAUGGAAAGAAACUACUGUGCAUAAUGAUUAAACAUGAUUAUUACACUGAUCUGUCGAUCUUCUUAGUUUGCCAAUGAAUAUACAGGACAUCUUAUCAAAAUAAAUUUAAAAUACAUAUAAGGCUGCUUUAUUGAAUCAUAUAAACAGAAAUAUCUCUCAUGAACAAAAUGCAUCAAUUUGCACUUGUCUGUCCUAUUUAGAUUAUUACUCUGUUCUGUCUCCAUUAUUUUUUCUAGUACACAUCAAUAUGUCUGUUGCAUAAAUAACCUUUAUUUAAGCUACAGCUUGUUCUCCAGGUGAGCCUGUGUCCCCAUGUUCAAAAGUGCCUUCUUGGAUGCCUCUGUGGUAGAUAAAAUAUGAUGAAGUGCCCUCUAGGGGGCCUCAUAGGUUGCUAGAUUGAGAAAACUCGAUAUAUAGUCUCUGCUCAACACUGACUUACCU